AGUUGAUAGGGGUGGUAAGAAAAGUUGUGGGGGAGAAAUGUUGUUCAUAAGUCAUAAGUCAUUUUGACUCCCACUCCCACGUGAAGAGGCCCUUUGAAGACCUUCACUUCCACUCACUUAGUCACUUCAAUUUCCAUUCGUACACAUAAUACCAAUUCUUUUUUUAUUUGCCCUUUGAACUUAUUAUUGUCUUCUGAUUUCUGCCCUUAAGUUAUUAUCUGUGUUCUCCCCCACAAGUAACCCCCUCCUCUUCUUUUCCUGCAACAUUAUAUUCAUUCAUUCAUUCAUUCAUUCAAUCUCCAUUCCUAAACUCUUUCCUUUUCCUUUCCAAAGUGCGCGCUUCAUUAACGGUGCCGUCUUUCUCAAGCUCCUCCUCCACUUAAAAUAAGAAAACAAGAUUGAAAACGACGGAACAAACUUGAUUGAAAAAGAAGCUAAGAAGCAAUAAAUUUUUAUUGAGAGCUCCCUUUCAAAUAUACAAAUAGCUAGCUUAUUGUGUGAUAAUAACACAUAAAAUAGUAUGGAUCACCCAAUCAUGUUUAACCCCUCUUCUACUACUACUACUACUACUACUACUACUACUCCAAGUCCCAUUCUUUAUGUGGACAAUAUAUUGAACUACCUCUUAGACGAUUUAAACCCCAAUUAUUCCAAUAAGCAAGAAGAUCAUUACUUGACAUCUUACUAUCAAUUGCCUUCUCCUUUGAUUUACAACGAAAUCGAGGGUUUUGUUACCAACCAUGACCUUCAGUUCCUCCAACAACCAUCCUUGUUAGGUAACAAUCUCACCGAAGAUGGAGAACAUUCCUCCAUCUUCGAAGUUGAACAUCAAAACAAGGUCGAGGGUGAUGAGAAUGAGAAUGAGAAUGAGAAUGAGAAUGAGAUCAAUGGAAUAGUAGAAGACUGUGAAGUAAUGAAUCAAACUAAGGAUGUUGUUAGUCAUGGAGGGUUGUCAACGAAAAGGAAGAGAAGUUCUAAUAAAGAUAGGCAUAGUAAGAUUAGGACAGCUCAAGGGUUAAGAGAUCGGAGAAUGAGGCUAUCUCUUGAAGUUGCACGCCCGUUCUUUAAGUUACAAGAUAUGUUGGGAUUUGAUAAGGCUAGUAGAACAGUUGAGUGGUUAUUGUUGCAGUCUAAGUCGGCAACCGAGGAGGCGGUACAAAGCAAGAAUGGAAGCGCUAGUGAUGUCACAAAGUGCACCACCAUGUCCUCCACCGCCUCUGAUGAUUGCGAAGUUGAUUCGACAAUAGUUGUGGAAGGAAGGAAGGGGGGUACGAGUACUCCUAAGGUGACGAAGAAAGGCCCAAAAUGUGUCAAAAAAGAUGAGCAUAAGAUGAAGAAGAAGAGGACUAAAGAGGAAAGGAAAGUGGCAAUUGAGAGGGCAAAGAAAAGAACACUAGAAAGGAUGAUACAAAAUCAAGGAGGUCAAGUUAAGGAAAUUAACCAUGAGUUUGUUGAUGAUGCUGAUUUGAAAUGGAUCGGAGCCCUUUAUCAAGUUUAAGUUAUCAGCAAGGCUUUGAAGUUUAUCAGCAAACUGGUCUAAGCUACACGAAUUCGACACAACAGAACAUGGAAGGAGCCCCACAGCCGCAGUAACAAGCAUAUCAAGCGCGUGCGCGUGCGCUGGCCUAGGUCGUGGUCAUGGUCAUGGUCAUGGUCAUGGUCGUGGUGGUGGCUAAGAUGGUGUCUCUAUCGAUGUCUUCCUCGUUUUCAACAAGGUUUAUAGUACAUUACUGUCAUGAUUUACUUCAAUUUGUUUUGCUGGGGAGUACUGAGAAAACCUUUAUGCUGUCAAGAGUACGUACUUGUGAUUUCCUCUAGUUAAUCAUUAGGUUUUAAAGUAAUAUAAUUAAUUUAAUGUUCUCUAAUUCUACCUUUCCUUAAUUAAAUAAUGAAUGUUGUUGUAACUUGUAAGAUGUAAAUAGUGGUAACAAAUGAGCUAAUUUUCCUUUCAGUUUGAACUGGUUUUAUUUCUGUGUAAAUCAAAGUUGAAUUGUAAAAUAGUACGUGUUAAAGAAAUUAUUGGUAAUUAA